AUGUCGUCCUGGUUUGCUUCGCCUGUUCAUGCAGUGGAGGUGCGUUCGUCGGAAGACACGCAGAUGAUGUACCUGCCGGAGGCUAUUCUGGAGAAGCUCCCCUUCCUCAAUCAGCAGCGCUCCCAAGCCGACGCCCCGCUGAAGCUCGACCUCGGCGCGGGCCUCGCCGCGGCGGACGUCGGGUGCCUGGCGGCCCAGAUCUGGGGUUUGCCGGAGCGCCCGAAGGACGUGGCCGCCGCCCUGCGCGUGUGUCAGCUGGCUUUCAUGCUGAACUGCCAGAACGACGUUCUGAACAUGUGCACCGCCCCAAUUUGUGGACUCAUUCACAGCGAUCGGGACAUGGAGCUAAUUUGCAGCUUUGCCAAGGCACACCAUGCAUGCCAGGAGUUGAGCGAUCUGAGCAGCAGCUUGCAACAGCCACUGCUGGGGCUACCUCAGCUGGAGGAUACAUAUCGAGAUGCUGUGAGACACAAGCAUGACGAGCUGCUCGCGUACGUGGAGCACCAGCUGAAGCACUGGUGCAAUCGUGGGCCGGCAGCGGUCGACAAGGUGGCGGGCAUUCUCGGGACAGGUGUCGAGCACCACAUUGCAGGCCUGCCACUUGCGCUGAAAUUCCUGGAGGCAUACCCCAGCUAUUUCGCAGCUUUCAGCCGCCGCUUGCUUGUGCUGGCUUACAAAGAUAGUGAAUGGCGUUGGCACGGAGCAGUCGGGCUAGCGGAGUGGAGUAAUACUGAUGCCGAGCAUUGCAUUUCUUUCUUGAGGCUGGGAAUACAGAAGUACACGGAGGGCGCCCUGGAGGUGAAGGAUGUCGUAAAGUUUUUCGAGACAGCGCUACUAAAAUCAGGAUAUGUCUUUGACGAGACGCAGACUCUCCUGGCCAAAGCUCUAGCCGGCACCUCUCACUUAGACGAGGUGCUGAAGCUGGAUGCGACGUGUCAGGCGGCGAUUUGCCACAGCAUUUGCCGGUCUAUCAGUGCCAAGGAGCUCCUCACUGCCAAGUUUGUCGAGGGCCUCACGCUGGAGGCCCAGUAUACGAUUAUCCCCCACAUCCACAACCUCCAAACGGAAGCGGCGGAAGCCUUACUCAAGGCCGCACUGCCUGGCAGAGGCUGUGAUGUUGAGCCCUUUGUGAUGGUGAGUCCGUUUGAAGAAGGCAUGAACUUGGCUUGA